AUGGCGCUUCGUAAGAUCGGCGACGACCCGUUGGACCGAGCGCGCAAGCUCGCGAUCACACGAGCCGAGGCUCUGGAGGCUGAACGCGACGCCGAAGCCCGGGCAGCGUUCGAGGCGACGUUUAAACGCGCGAGAGGCCCGCCACCUACUUUACCACCGACUGGGAAAUCCUUUAGAGAUGUCGAUCGCUUGACGGCUAGCGCGGAACAAGACGCGCAAGAGCGGGCGUUAAAGCUAGCGAUGACGAUCGUGGACGAGGAGACGAAAGAUGAGCUUCGGUCGAGCGGUUUGGGACCUGGGGUGAGUGAUCCAUUGCGGGCGGUCGCGCGAGGGCCGGGCGUGGGCGGAGGCGUCUCAGGACGGGAGACGGAGUUCACCGUCAUUUCGAGAGAUGAAAGGGAUGAGGCGGUCGAAGUCGGUGGGUCUAAAGUAGAUUUUACUGUUCGUAGAGGGAGCGGCGUGCGGGCGAUCGAGAUCGCGACGGGGGAGGGGAGGGAUGUCGGCGACGGGACGUACGUGUGCACGUACACCGUGAACGCCCGAGGCGAUUACUUUGUCGAGGUGCGGAUGAACGGAAUCGAGAUCUCAGGAUCGCCGUUCGAGGUGUUUUAUACCGCUUCGAUGGAUGGCCCGAUGAUGAGCGAGCGUCGGGCGUUCGUGGUGCCGAACCGCGCGGGCGGGGCGGAGUUGGCGGCGCUCGGGCUGUGCCGGGACUUUCUAGUGGGCAAGUGCGAUCGCGUAAUCUGCAAGUUUAGACACGACGCGCCGCCGCCACCGCCGCCGCUGCCGACGGAUUCGGACGCAGUCGGCGUUGGGUUCGGGGCGCCCGCGGUGGCUCCAGAAGAGUUGAGACGCACGGCGCACGUGUCAAACUAUCCCUCGGCGCUCACAGUGGAGCAGGUGAAGCAGUUGUUCUCGUUCUGUGGGACCAUCGUGGAGUGUCGCGAGGGGCCUUCGGGGAAGAACUUUGCCUUCAUCGAGUUCGAGUCGAAUAAAGAAGCCUUGGCGGCGCUGGCUCUAAACGGGAUGAACGUGGGCGGGAGGAACAUUCGAGUAGAGUUGGCGAAGACGCCGAGGCUCAUGCCACGCGCGACGGUACCCAGUCCAGCCCCGAUCGCGCCCCCGAUGGCAGCGGCGGAGGCAGCAGCGGCGGCGGCGGCGCGAGCAGCGGCUAUCUCUGCGCGUUUGGUGGCCAAGUCAGAGGGGCAAGGCGCGGGAGUGCGUCACAAACCAUAUUGA